UACGCAUCGCAAAUAAACUGUAGUCCAAUCAGCGCAUAUGACAUAGCCUAUCUAAUCCGGAAAAAGUUAUUACGCUGGUGGCAUUUCCUGAUGUUAUUAUCCAUCUCGAUAGACCGGUCGGUUACAGUUCAGUCGCAAACAGUCCGGUAGUUGGCUAGGAUACAUAGACUUAUUUUCGUUUUGUUUUCAGUGUGUGGGCCAGCCCCAAACAUUGCGUAACCACUCCAUCUCACUUGCGAUCGAAUAACGUUUCUCACGCGAUUACCGGUGAGUAUAAAAGCUUGCGCUGCAGCCGGACAAAGGUCCUUCCCCACUAUUCCCAUCGAGCCGCAGGAAAGUAGAGCAAGCGCACACAGCCCGGAAUAACCCGAUCAUAAAAACGCGUCAUGGGUAAGUCUCAAAGCCCCGAAGACUGUGCUGAUUGUUUAUGCCCACCAGAGUGCCAGGUCGUUUAACUCUGCAGCCAAGGAUGUUGCUGUGGAAGCGUUCACUCAGCAGGGCUACAAAGUGAUUGUGUCUGACCUCUACGCCAUGAACUUCAAGGCUACAGCCACUACGGAGGAUAUCACAGGUGGCGUGAAGAAUCCUGAGGAGUUUAAGUAUGGAGAAGAAACCAUGCAAGCCUGGAUGGAGGGACGACUCAGUGAUGACAUCAUAGCAGAGCAUCGGAAAUUGGAGGAGGCGGAGCUCGUCAUCUUCCAGUUCCCUAUGUACUGGUUUGGUGUUCCUGCCAUUCUGAAGGGCUGGAUUGACAGAGUCCUGACUCAAGGAUUUGCCUUCACACUGCAAACUGUCUAUGACAAUGGAAAGUUCAAGGACAAGAAAGCCAUGUUGUCGUUCAGCACUGGGGCGAUGGAGAGCAUGUUUCUUCCUGACGGCCUCAACGGAGAUCUAAACGUCACACUGUGGCCCCUGCAGAAUGGCGUGCUCCGAUUCUGUGGGUUCCAGGUGUUGGCCCCCCAGGUGUUCUGGUGCCCAGCAAACAGCCCCCCUGAGGUGCGAACCACAAGACUGGAAAGCUGGAGGGCCAGGCUGGAGACACUGCUGGACGAACAGCCCCUGACCUUCGCCUCUAGCGGGAUGUUCGAUCUGUCCUUCUCUGGAGGGUUUAAGCUGCGGCCUGAGAUCUGGGAGGAGCAAAGCACCUGCCCCCACGGAAUCUCCACGGGACACCACCUGGGGAAACCCCUCCCUCCCAACAACCAGCUGAAGGCUGGAGAUAAGAGAGGGGAUGCUGUUUGAAGCUGUUGUUGAAUUCUGAAAAAACAAAUGUUAUUUUCCAAAUGUGAAACGGUGCGUGUAGAUAUGGAUUUAUUUACUCUGGAUGGUGCUUAUAUGGACCGUGUCCCUGCAUACAAAUACCUGGGCAUAUGGAUAGACGGAGAUCUGUCCUUCAAAAAACAUGUAGACUUAAUUGUUAGAAAAUUGAGGAUGAAAGUUGUCUUCC